AUGUCGAAGAAUGACAAGAUUGAGACUCAAGAGGAAUAUUCGAAAGACUCUUUUGAUAGAUAUGGCGAUGACUUUGGCAGCGAUUGAGAGAUAUAUGCAGAGAAAGCCUUCAAAGCUAUCGAUUUGAUUGCAUUGGAAUCGGUGGUCACAAAGUGUCCAAACAUUACAUCCAUUGAUAUUCAGAUCUAUUCAGAAGAGACGCAAAGAGUCCCACAAUUGACCGCAAUAUCAGUGCAACCAUCGGGUUAUGAAGUGUUGAGAUCUCACCCAAAGUCGCUGACAAAACUCACACAACUGUUCGCUACAAGCCCGUUGAGUAUGUUGUCGUCAGUGAUUGUCACCGAAAACAAUGAGAUAUUAGUCAAGAAUUUGACAGAAAUUGACUUUUAUAAUAGGGAUUAUAGAUUGCAACGAUUGCCAGCAUUUGUUGAUUACUAUAAGAAUCGCUUAAAGUCUUUAAAACUUGCUAUGGUUUACACUAAGACGGAUGAAUGCAUGCCUGUACUGAAACUCAUACCACAAUUGAGAGCAUUGCGUGAACUAAGUCUUGAAUUUAAUCCCGCUUACGAGGAGUUCGUUGAGUCUAUCGUUGACUAUCACUGCACAGAGUUUGUCAAUCAAUUACCACAACUCAAGAGAUAUCAGUUGCGUAUGUAUUGUAAAAGUAGUGCACAAUUGGAAAGAUUGUAUGAAUCGGUGGGUCGUAUGAAAGGCUUACGACGAUCACAAAUGGGAAAAAUGAAAGCCUUUUCUCUGACCACUUCCUCGUCAGUGAAGAAAGUGUUGGGAAAGAAAGAUAUCGAGAAACAGAAGAAGAUCGCCGAAGAAGAGGCGGCCGCU